AUGUCUCAUAGCUACUACCAAAAGCAGUGGCUAGAAGCACAGGAUAGCCUCAAUGACCUGCUCAUACAAGAGAUACCCCCUGAGCCACCCAAACCUGAGAAAGAUCGCCUCACAGCAUUCCAGAACAUCGCUACCCUUUACCUCAAAUACCUCCAGAUAUUCCGUAAAAUUGAAGGAUGCUACGACCAGGUUGUUCACCCCCAGAAGCGGCGUGUACUUCGUCGCAUGCUGGAUGGUGUUAUGGGGCGGUUGAUUGAGCUCAAGAAUGAGAUGGUUCUUCUGGAGUUCUCUGAAUUCCACUACUUUGAUGACAUAUUGUCUGAUCUUAAAUUGACACCAAAUGACAUUGAGAUUCCAGUCCCAAAGUACUUCAUUAAUGAGAGGGCAAAGGUGCUGCAGGACCGUGAGAAACUCCUCGGUCAGAUCCUGGCCAAGAUGGGACCUCCCGAGGAGAAGACGGAGGAGAUCAAGAUGUCCCCGGAUGAAGCCAUUCGCAUCAUUCAGGUUCACGAGAGAGCUCGACAAGGGCGUCUCAGGGCCAAGUUCAUGAGAGAGAUUCGUCUCCAAGAAGAGCGGGAAAGGAAUGCAGCCAACAGAGGUGCUCCCACGCUGGACACAGAGCUGGCUUCAGUUAGGAUCCAAAAGACUUGGAAAGGUUAUGCAGUCAGAAAGAGGAUCAGGAGAGAAAGAGAAGAAGAAAUGAGAUUCAUUGGUAUGAUCCCACCUCGUGACCCCACCAACCCCAAGAACACCUCCCAGGUGCUGGCUGAACGCACCGAGAAGACCCGUCGCGUGACACAAGCCGACCAUGAGAGGGAGUAUCAACAAAGUCUGGUCAGUAUCAAGACCAAAUUAAGGGAAGUGGAAGGUCCAGAUAUGAAGGAGACCAUGCAAGAUCAGAUCAGACAGUGGUUUAUUGAAUGCAGAGAUGCUACAGGAAAGUUUCCUGACUACCCUGAUGAAGAUGAAGGAGGAUCAGCAGCAAUAUUCAGAGAGAAAGAUCCAGCAGAGAUUGAGGCAGAGCUGGCUGGUAAAGAAGAUGACAAAGGAGGCAAAGGGAAGAAGAAAGGAAAGAAAAGUGCCAAGAAAGAUAAGAAGAAAGACAAGAAGGACAAGAAGGGCAAGAAAGGAAAGAAGGGGAAAGGUGGAGAUGAUGAUGAAGAAGAAGAAGGCUUCAAACUCCAGCAAUCAAACUUCCUCCCUGAUACUGAUGGUGCUGCGAAAGAUUUCUCUGGUAUUUGGAAAGAGAGGAACGAGGAGUCUAACUUCAGUCAGAAACCUGACUCUGAACUAAUAAAGGAAGAGAAGCGCAUUGAGGUUGAGAAUGAAAUAAGAACGCAGGUCGAUGAACUCAUGAGAACUGAACUGAAGAACCUCAAGGUGGCUGUCGACAGAGACAAGGGUAAGGGGAAGAAAGGCAAGAAGGGCAAAAGUGGAAAGAAGAGUGGAAAGAAAAAGAAGAAGAAGAAGAGUGGCAAGAAGAGUGGAAAGAAAGGCAAGAAGGGCAAGAAAGAGAAGGAUCUCACUCCUGACAGGACUGUUGAGGAUCUUUACGAGGAGCUGGUGAAAGAAGGGAUCAUCGUUCGUUCCCCUAAGUUCUCUCUUCAGGACUACAUUGGAGAGUACAGCUACCUGGGUACUACCCUGAGACAGGCCAACAUUGAACCUAUGCCUUCACUCUCUGAUGUCAGACAACUGGUAGCCCUGUAUGGAAUCCUACCACUUGGAUCACAAGCUGUUCAUGAGAAGGCCCCGCACAUCAAGUCCAUCCUUCUGGCAGGACCGCGAGGUACCGGGAAGCGCAGCCUGGUCAAUGCCAUCUGUACUGAGACGGGCGCCAACCUGUUUGAUCUAACCGCCACCAACAUCCAGGGCAAAUACGCUGGCAAGUCUGGCCUUGCUAUGCUGAUGCACAUGGUCUUGAAGGUGGGCAGACUCCUGCAGCCAUCUGUUAUCCUGAUCAGUGAUGCGGAAAGGACAUUCCUCAAGAAGGUGCCCAAGACUGACAAGACCGAUCCCAAGCGUCUGAAGAAGGAGCUCCCUAAGAUGCUGAAGCUUCUAAAGCCUGAAGAUCGUGUGGUGCUGGUAGGAACCUCCAGGGCACCAUUUGAGUGUGAGAUGAAGGGUCUGGUAGGAGCAUACCAACGAGUGGUCCUCAUCCCAAGACCCGACUACGCCUCCAGACAUUUACUGUGGAGGUCUCUGAUCGUCAAGAACAACGGGAUACUGAACGCUCAGAUUGACAUGAGUUCCCUGGCCAAGGUGACAGAUGGUUACACCCAGAAACACAUCAUGACUGCAUGCCAGCAGGUCCUGACUGAGAGACGGGUGUCCCAGCUGGCCAAGAGACCCCUGGUAGGGUCAGAGUUCGUCCCGGCUUUGGCCCGUCUGGAACCCAUAUAUAAGGAGGAGGAAGAGGCUUUCAAGACAUGGUAUGCCAAGACUCCUCUAGGCAAGAAGAGGGCUAAAGCAGCCGAAGGUGGUGACGAAGAUGACGGAAAGAAGGGCAAGAAAGGAAAGAAAGGAAAGAAGGGAAAGAAAGGAAAGAAGAAGAAGUAAACCACUGAUGUGCCUUAUUAGCAGACUAACCGCAUCUCUCAGCUUUCAAUACAAUCUUCCAGUCAUCUGUACUUUUUUGAUUUUCUGAUUGAAAGAAGUGAAGAACAUAUGCAACUGACACCUUGAUACUGACUUGCAAAAAUACAACAAAUGAAAGUUCAUUGAUGUGAGAGAGUUCACAUCCAGAUGUUGAAACACAAAUACAAAUUCCUGCCAGUAUGUCCUUUUGGUAUCUAUCAGUGGCUAAUGAAAAUAUGUGUAUGACUGUAUGUUUAAUAAUCUUUAAACAUAUCAUGUUUUGUGUAUUGUAUGCAUGAACUGGUGAUAACAAACAAAUAUUUAAGUAUAUAUUGAGGUCAGUUAUGUGAUUGGUUUAGAUUUGACUCUGGAAUUUUUUUGAUACAUAAAUGGUAUUUUGAAAAUGUAAUACCGUUCAGCUUUGUCACACCAAAUUCAUAGCAAAUUUAAUAUUCAUGUGCAUCAUGCUUCCAGGAUAUAGCUGUUUCAACCUUCUUUUUUUUUGGGGGGGGGGGAUGUGUGACUAUACCUCAAGGUAGAAAUUCUAAUUUACAGGGCAUGGGAAAAACAAAAUAAACAACACUUCUUCAAAAUGAUUAUUAGUGAAGUUGAGAAGUCAAUUACUUUCAUUUAAUACAAAUGCAUUGUUGGUAGGAAUUGUACUAUGAAAAUAUUGGUGAUGUAGAUUUGUCAAAUAUUUCUUUGCUACUGAUUUAUUACACACACGAUAAACAAUGAUGACCACUUUUGACUUUAAUUCAUGAUACAGACAUAUGGUACCGGUAGAUGCUUUUUUUAGUUAUAUUACAAAUAAACAAUGCACGGUAGCAGAAAUAUGUGAAUACUAUAUAAUACACUCUAAUGAACUAAAAACGAUGAUUGUUCAACACUGUUGGGCAACACUAAGAAGUAUUUAGAUUUUAUAUUGUUUCAUUUUACUGUAUUUUCUAGUCUCACCUAUGCAUAUAUGAAAUUGUAUUUAGACACUAGAUUUUUUAACGUAUACCUGAAAAAAAUGUCAUUACAGUGGUAGAGUGCCUCAAUACAUUCAUGGAAAAACUUUUCUGCAAUUUGCCUUUCGCAUCUGCCUUUCUCCUUUGCCUUCAUUUUCAUUAUCUGUAAGUGAUAUAUAUAUAAUACUUAUAUAUUGUGUCAUGCACUACCAACAACUGGAUUUCUGCAAUACUAUCAUGUACAAUAUCAGCAUGAAGUAUGACACAUUUCUACAAAUUCAUUAUAUAUAUAUAUAUUGAGUAACAAUAAUAUUUCUGUCAAUAUUUCUGCAGAAUGACAUACCAUCUGCCUUCUUUUUCACUUUUGUAAAGUACUACAAUCUCAAUAAAUCUGUUUAUAACAGCUGUAUAUAAAAAUGAAUAUAUAUACUGAAUAGCAAGUAUAUAUUUCCUGUGCUAUAUUUCUGUGAAUAAAUUGUCAACUUGAAAAUU